UCCAACCCAGGGAUGGAACCCGAGUCUCUAACAUCUGCACUGCAGGCGGAUUCUUUACCAUUAGCACCACCUGGGAAGUCCCCAAACCUUUCAUGAUACCUUGAAAAAAACUCAUAGGACUGUGGUGCCCCCGAGAGUGGCUGGAAAAGGCCAGUUUUGAUUCUCUGAGCAGUGAAGGGCCUCAUUGGACCUUCAUGGUGUGAAGAUUCUUUCUAGUUUGUCUGCCCAGGGAUCACUUUUUUUUCUAAAUUCAUGGGUGGUGGGUGAUGAGGAGGACAGCAGAGAUACCUUAUGGGCUGAUGCCAGCCCUGUGACAUACUCAGCCUCAAAUCACGAUGUCCAGGGCCACCCAAGUGGUCACAAAGCAUAUAUUUCAGAUCUACGGGGCAGAAUUGAAAUCACUAAAUGCCUUUUCUUUAUUAAAUUCCUUUUCACAUAAUCAUUGUGCAUUUAGUCGACAUGAUCACCUCUAAUCACAGGCUGAGGUGAUGCCAUCUGCCUGGAGUCUCUGCCUUCCGUGGUGCCAAUUUGCUCUUGUAAAAUUCCUGUGGUUGAUAUUUAAAAAUCAGAACCCAGGGCUCAUUCAUCACAUUGAAUCGGGUUAUGGUGUAUGAUGUUGCAGGUUAAUAAAUAGCCGUAAUAGCUGCUCAGAGUUUUCUAGCGUCAGAACACCAGAAAUAGACCCUUAGCUGUCUCCUCCCUUUGCUUGUGAAUCUUUCAGAAAUCUUACAUUAUGGCUCCUACUUGUGUGUGUUUAAUAAUUUAAUUUAAUGCCUUCCUAUGGAAACGUUCCCUGGUUGCUCACCCUCUUUGGCGAUUUUGCACACUCAGCAGAGUGUUGGAGUGUGAGAGCGUCAUGUGACAUGCAGUGCCCGGUUAGAGCCAGGCAGUGAAGGGAGACGCUGUGUCUCUCUCGGCUCCUGAGCGGAGCAGCUGACAAUUUUAUAUACUUUCAAGCUCUUCCCUGUCCCAAAGAAGAGGCAAAAAAUGGGAAUUACGUAUAAUCAUAGUUAGCAUUUUACAUUAUGGCUUGCAGCCAAUGUUCUGGAGCAGAGAUGACGUAGCCCAGUGGCUCAAGUGGGCUGAAAACGAGUUUUCUCUAAGGCCGAUUGACAGCAACACGUUUGAGAUGAAUGGCAAGGCUCUCCUACUCCUGACCAAAGAGGACUUUCGCUACCGGUCUCCUCAUUCAGGUGAUGUGCUCUAUGAACUCCUUCAGCAUAUUCUGAAGCAGAGGAAACCCCGGAUUCUUUUCUCACCGUUCUUCCACCCCGGGAACUCGAUACACACGCAGCAGGAAGUCAUUCUUCACCAGAACCAUGAAGAAGAUAAUGGUGUCCAGAGGACCUCAAGGCCGUCGGCCGAGAACGUACACCAGAACCCUCCCACCAUUGAACUGUUGCACCGUUCCAGGUCACCCAUCACAACAAACCACCGGCCUUCUCCCGACCCCGAGCAGCGGCCCCUCCGGUCCCCCCUGGACAACAUGAUCCGCCGCCUCUCCCCAGCCGAGAGGGCCCAGGGACCGAGGCUCCACCAGGAGAACAACCACCAGGAGCCCUACCCGCUGUCAGUGUCUCCCAUGGAGAACAACCACUGCCCGCCGUCAUCCGAGCCCCACCCGAGGCCCUCCAGCCCCCGGCAGGAGGGCACGCGGGUCAUCCAGCUGAUGCCCAGCCCGAUCAUGCACCCCCUGAUCCUGAACCCCCGACACUCCGUGGAUUUCAAGCAGCCGCGGCUCUCUGAGGAUGGGCUGCACCGGGAGGGGAAGCCCAUCAACCUCUCGCAUCGGGAGGACCUGGCAUACAUGAACCACAUCAUGGUUUCCGUCUCGCCGCCUGAGGAGCACGCCGUGCCCAUCGGGAGGAUAGCAGACUGUAGACUGCUUUGGGAUUACGUCUAUCAGUUGCUUUCUGACAGCCGGUACGAAAACUUCAUCCGAUGGGAGGACAAAGAAUCCAAAAUAUUCCGGAUAGUGGAUCCCAAUGGACUGGCUCGACUGUGGGGAAACCAUAAGAACAGAACAAACAUGACCUAUGAGAAAAUGUCCAGAGCCCUGCGCCACUACUACAAACUAAACAUUAUCAGGAAGGAGCCGGGACAAAGGCUUUUGUUCAGGUUUAUGAAGACCCCAGAUGAAAUCAUGAGUGGCCGAACAGACCGUCUGGAGCACCUUGAGUCCCAGGAGCUGGAUGAACAAAUAUACCAAGAAGACGAGUGUUGAAGGAAGUGGUUCCCAGCUUAGUGGGCCAGCAGCCAAGGGCACCCCCCAUCCCCAGGAUGGAUGGGGCAAGAUGGAGCAGAAAGGAAGAGACAUGGAUGUGGCAGUAACACUCCUCUCGCCCAGCGCGAGGGACCCCGCGGAGCACCUUAGACAAACCACUCAGCAAAGGCGGCGCUGGAGUUCUGGCCGAGGGCACCAGCCUGGGACUUGUGUUCAUGGUUCCUUCUCGAUCAGAAUCUCUUGUCUGUGAUCCCUCCCCCUCCCCCUCCACCUACUGUUAGUUUCAUGGUGUUUUUGUUCUUUUUUUUUUAAAAGACCAUGCAGUUUGACUUUUCAUCAUUCAUAUAGGGGAAGACAUCCGAGGCUGUUUUCCUAUGGAAAUACAUAUCUAUUAUAUAUAUAUAUAUAUCUAUUUUUUGCAAAUCUCACAAAGUGCAGAAGCCCAGCUGGUCAGGAGAGAGAAUAUUUGCAAAAGGGUUCAGGUUUCCUCUUGACCCUGCCACGUGGAUCAGGUUUGUUCCUGUUGCUGUUGGGUCUUGGCUGGAAAAAAGGAAAAAAAAAAAAAAGAUGCUCUUACAAAAGAUGAAGUGAAAAGGAGAGCUCUCUUCUUCUCUCUCUGGCUCCCUUUCCUUCCUGGUCCCCGCUCCUCCCUCCUCACUGGUUGUUGAACUCCAGAUGCCCUUUCAGCAGAGUUCAGCCUCUUGGAGAGUCUUGGGAAUUUUCCACACCUGUACAUUGGAAUAGUGGUCUGGGUGCUUCGCAGCUGGCACCACAAAAAUCAAACCCACAUCCCAGCAUCUGGCUCCCUGCCAGAGGGAGGCCAAAGGCCCCAGAGAUGCUGCUGUCCUCCGGAAAGAUACAUGUGAGUCCAGCAGGCUACCCCGAUCAACUGUGAGGACCGUGAGGCUUGGUGGUUCCCCAGAGCAUAAGGCUGUCCAGAUUAUCUGGAAGCCCCAGCAUCAUGGGAUUAGUUUGCAAGUGCUGCAGAGCAAAAAAAAAAAAACAUAAGCCUUAUGGUCCAGAAACUAGAUGACAAGUGUUUGGUGGCAUUGUGGAUUAUCCCAGAGCAGGUUACAGAGGGUCUUCUCAGCUCUAUCCCAAAGGCCAUCUUGCAGUCAGUUUCAUAUCCUCACUUUUUUUUUUUCCCUCAAUUCCUAGCAAUUUUUUUAAAGUUUCCUGGUGACACAGGGCAUUUGAGAAGGAGGAUCCAGGAGUGUGUCAUCUCAGUUGUCAGCAGUGUUUGCCAAGACUGGGCAGACGGGAAAUUCCUCAGAUUCCUCACUUUUUCCCUUUUUCCUUCUUCCCUUGCUGUGUUUCAAAAUGGACUCAUGCGUGGCUCUUUUUCACCUCAAAGUAAGAUCAGUCACAUCUUAUGAGGAAGGUGCCACCUCUUAGUACUUUUGAUGAUAACAUAUUUUUAGAAAGCUCUUGUUAGAUUUUUUUUUUUUCUAGCCACUUAAAUCAACUCUUCCAAUACAGGCUCGGAAUCCAAUAUUAGGAGUACAGUCUUUUUUUACUCGGAAAGGUUAGACCUGCCUUACACAGUACCGCCUCCUGGUUUCUCUCCGCUGCUUCUUUGUUGGGCGAGCAUCUCAUAGCUCCCCAGGGUACGUGUCUGCACUGUCAGCAGCGCUUGCAGAUGAAGCCAGCAGACCUCCAGGCAUGUCCUCCAGCCAUUUCUGAUGGAGUCAGGCAGGCCGGGGUUGUGGGCACACAGGCAGGAGAAAUUCUCCCGUCCCCUCCCCCACUCCCCAGCCCUACUGACAAGGACACCAGCCAGCAGGGAGUGGGAGGGGACAAACAGAUUGACUGUCGUUCAAGGACACUGGAAACGUUCCUGCCUCUUAUGUGACCACAGAGAGAUGCAUGGAGGUGGCCGGCCUCCUCCCACCGUCGCACACCCCCACCCCCAGUCCACCUUCUAGAAUGCUGGGCCUGAAGUGAGGUCAGGGACCAACAGUGUGGGCUCGAGGGUCCCCUGAUGAAGGAAGGGUUUGGGCUCAGUCUGCUCCAAUGGGGAUGAGACCCAGCGUGCUACAGAUGUCUUUUCAAGAGUGUCAGCAGCACACAGGGAUAACCUUCCAGCCUGGAAGGUGACUGAUGUUGGCUCUCAAAUGGGAAGAUUAAGCCAAAUACCUGGGGAAGUCACUGAGUUGAAGGGCUGCAGAGAAAGGGUGGAUCAUCACUGAGGCUUUUUGUGCGAUGUGACAUCAGAGAAUCUCUGUUCACCCAGGUGUAAGGACUCGGACUCGUGUGGUCCAAAGAAUCCUAACAGUUGAAUUGUGCAGAGGAAAUUCCCCUUUGCCCCCAGGGUUUCUGUAUUUAAAGCAAUAUCCUCUAAGAAUCUGUAAGACAUAGGCUGGCACCGUCAGCCACUUGGAGAAAUAGAAGGUGUCAACUCCAAUCCAGUCUUUAUUGUCCAUCCAGAUAUUACCGUUACUGGUUUUCUGUUCAUUCCCUUAAUGGCAGAGGUUCUUCUCAUUGGUUCUUUGAGGGAAUCUUUGAGUGAUGCUGACAGUAGGGAUACAGCAUGUCCACAGCAGACCCGAAAGACUGCAGGUUCAGCUUAGCCAACUUGGGUGGGGCACCUGCUCGACCCAGUCCCAAGAGCCAGGCACCAUCCUUGCCCUCCGAGAGCUCACCUUCUUCCUGCAGAAUCUAUCCAGCAUGAAAUGUCUCACUUCAACACUAGGGGCGACAAAAAUCUCACCUGGGACCAAAUUAAGGGCACGUUCCUGGUCAGAAUAGUUGGCCUUUUCCUGCUGCCAUCAUGGGAGCUCUUGGCUUGCAACAUGAGAAACUGGGAAAGGAAGAGGCAGAACAGUGCUGCAAGCGAGCAACCUUACCCACCAGUGGUGUCCAAGGCAGACACUCUCGCUUGGAUCUUGAAAUUCUCUAGCAUCUUCUCUUCCCUGCACCUUGAGGUAGCCAGGGUGUCUCCUUUCCAUCAGAAGAAAGCAGUGGCAAGUGGCUGGACUGGCUCCAGGGGAGUAAUGUUAUCUCUUAAGAUCUUUCUGUCCCCAGAUGACAUUGUCUUGCCUGAGGUAAAACAUCUCGGAUGUUCCGAAUCCUUUGGCGGGUGGGCGUGUCCCCAUGAGCAAUGAGGAGUAACAACUGAUGGAUUACUCUCCUUUCAACAGUAUGUUUAGAACCCUCUGCUCCAUUAUCUUCCUACACUGAUACUUUGUCCAGAUGAGAAUGUAGAUUUAGCUGAAACGUAAAGGCCACGACAGGAUGUACGUAAAUGCCUAGGUAACCACCACUUCCACCGUUCACUGCCUAGGAUCCAACACGUUUGAAACGUUAGCUCUCCUUCUGAAGAACGGAAAUCUGAGUAUCAGGCCAUGUGACUUGUCCCAGGAGCAGACGGCACAGCAGGGUCAGAAUUAGGACUGGGAUCCAGCCCCGGUUAUCCCCCCAUCUGACCCCAUUCCCAUCCAGGAAGCUGAAGAUAAAAAUUUGGGGAAACACACAAAGAACAAAGGGCAGUUUCUUCGCCCAAGCAUUCGGUGCUAGUUUUUACCCACUCAGCCUGUUCCUCUUCGGAGCAGUAAUGGAGUGAUCCAAGGAGCCGUGGGGGGUGAGCUGGGGUGGGGGUGGUGACAGCGGUUCCUGCAAACCACAGAAGACUAACCUGAUACUCUUUUGGCCUCAUCUGCAUCAACACUAAACAACUCCCUGAAUCUUUCGCACAUGCCAAGUGGACACUUCACCAUUUCUCUCUGUGACUGCAACCACCUGCAAACCAGACUGAAUCUAGAAUUUUUUUUUUAAUUUCUAAUCUCUUGUUGUUUUAUGAGGUGUGGGGUUUAUAAGGGACUGAAUCAAAUGAAUGUAACAAAAAAAAAAAAAGAAAAACAAAAAAAAAGCCUUUUCUCAGGGCCAGUGAGUUGCAAAUAAUUUUUAAAGAAAAGCCUAUAAUUGCAU